GUGGACGAUCUGGUUACGGGAUUUAGGGUUUUUCUGUAGUCUGAUUUGUGUUACUUGUAUUGUUCGCAGAUCUCAGAAAUUAGGGUUUUUUUAAUUGUCUAGAGGUAAUAAUAAUAUGAAGAGGAACUUAGACGGGAACGAUGACGACAAGCCUGAGCGAAAGCGUCCUGCUCUUGCUAGUGUGAUUGUUGAGGCUCUGAAAGUUGACAGUUUGCAGAAGCUUUGCUCGUCUUUGGAACCUAUCCUCCGCCGAGUUGUUAGUGAGGAAGUGGAACGUGCUUUGGCGAAAUUAGCCCCUGCUAGGCUUAAUGCAAGUUCUGGGUCUUCUCCGAAACGAAUUGGAGGUCCAGAUGGCCGGAACUUGCAGCUGCAUUUCAAGUCUAGGUUAUCUCUCCCUUUAUUCACUGGAGGAAGAGUGGAAGGAGAGCAAGGUGCUGCUAUCCAUGUUGUAUUGAUUGAUGCAAACACUGGCCGUCCUGUAACAGUUGGACCAGAAGCUUCCCUGAAGCUCGAGGUUGUUGUGCUCGGGGGUGACUUUAACAAGGAAGAUGAUGAAGAUUGGACCCAGGAAGAAUUUGAAAGUCAUGUUGUAAAAGAGCGUGAAGGAAAGAGACCUUUGCUUACUGGAGACUUGUUUGUUGUUCUCAAGGAAGGGGUAGGCACUUUGGGUGAGAUUGUUUUCACGGAUAAUUCGAGCUGGAUUCGAAGUCGCAAGUUCAGGCUUGGUUUAAGGGUACCCUCUGGGGACUGUGAUGGCAUACGCAUACGUGAAGCAAAGACAGAAGCUUUCUCUGUUAAAGAUCACAGGGGCGAAUUGUACAAGAAGCAUUAUCCACCUGCUUUGAAUGAUGAGGUAUGGAGGUUGGAGAAGAUUGGUAAAGAUGGGGCGUUCCAUAAGAGGCUAACCGCUGCAGGAAUAGUCACUGUGGAAGGCUUUCUGAGAAAUUUGGUCAGGGAUUCUGCAAAACUACGAGCUAUUCUUGGAAGUGGCAUGUCAAAUAAGAUGUGGGAUUUGCUAGUGGAGCAUGCAAAAACAUGUGUCCUAAGUGGUAAGCUUUACAUCUACUAUACUGAAGAUUCAAGGACUGUUGGAGUUGUGUUCAAUAACAUCUACGAGUUAAGUGGCCUCAUUUCUGGAGACCAAUACUUAUCUGCUGAUUCACUCUCUGAAAGCCAAAAGGUAUACGUGGAUGGACUGGUGAAGAAAGCAUAUGAAAAUUGGAACCAGGUCGUGGAGUAUGAAGGCAAAUCUCUUUUAAACUUCAACCAGCCUGAGAGGUUGGAUAUUUCUCAGACUGAUCCUGUAACAGCUCUGGCAAGUUACUCUACCGUGCCUCUUAGUCAGUUUCCUGAAUUCGCAAUCGAAGGCUAUAAUCAAACGCUGGCAACAGCCCAGCCUCAUAACCCACAAGCACAAUUCGAUUUUGUUUCGCAGCAAGAUCAGUUUAUGGGAAUGCAGCAACAGCAAAGUCAACCUACCAUAGAGAAUGGGAAUGUAACUGGGUUUGUUCUUGGUCCUCCACAUUCAUCCACAGGUGGGUACCAAGACAUCAAAUCAUCUGUUGACCAGGAAAAUCUUAAUCCUUUCGAAGACUGGACAAACCAGAACGACUUUUUCCCAGAGGAAGAGAUCCGGCAAAGAAGCCAUGAAUUGUUAGCGAAUGAGGACAUGCAACAGCUGCUCCAGCUCUUCAGCAAUGGGGAAGAUGUGUUUGCUUUCCCAUCGUCGCCAAUGACGAAGGGAUAUGAUGAGGAGGACCGUGGGCGAUCAGGAAAAGCGGUUGUUGGGUGGCUAAAGAUAAAAGCUGCUAUGAGAUGGGGAAUCUUCAUAAGGAGGAAAGCUGCUGAGAGGAGAGCACAGAUUGUGGAGCUUGAUGAUGAUGGUGAAUGAAUAGUCAGGUUGCUUGCUAGUGUAUAGAAGCCCUGUACAGUAUAGGGAUGUAUAUCAACAUCACUUGCCGAUAUUCGAAUCGUCGCCGUAGUUAUUCGUUUUUGGGUUUUUGUUUACUUGACUUAGCUUAUUAGACAAGAGGAUAAUCGAUGAACCAUGAGAAAAAUGAAGACUAACCUUCAGCAGCUAGACAAGAAGCUGAUUCUUUUUCCUAUUUCAAACUUGCAGAUUUAAUAGAAGUCAGGCUAAGUA